GGUCUGCGGCCUAGCAGGACAUCCGAUACCUCGGAUGGUUAACCCUUCGCCUUCCAAACUCCGACGAGCCCGGCUGUAGCCGUCCUACACGCGGUUGCUCGCGGGUUUUCUUCGCCGGGCUCAGCUUUGCAUCAUUUUCGAUCGUUGGUUGCGAACACUCCGUCCACGCCCGGGAGGCGUGCGCCUACCAUGGCGGCGUAUAGCAACGCGCCCAUCAUGUAUUCCAGCGUCCAACCAAGCACCGACCUGUCAGGCGCAGUCAUUGCAGAUGGUGAGGCCGAUGGCCACGCCCUUUGGUCCGGCGCCACGCCCGUCGUAGGCGACCCGCAGCCGGUGACGGUCACACCGGGCACCACCAUGACGGCGCAGGCGGCGCCCAUCACGACGACAGCGCCCAUCACAACGACGGCGCCCAUCACGGCAGCGCCCAUCACCGUCCAAGCAGCGCCAAUCACCACUGUCCAAGCAGCGCCCAUCACCGCAGCGCCCAUCACCGUCCAAGCGCCACCCAUCACCGUCCAGUCGCCUACCCCUCAGUACCUUCCGCAGUCCUUCUCUCCGCCUGCGGUGCCGGCCAGCAGCGCCACCGUGGCGCCGAGCGUGGCGCCGUCCGGCCCACCAGUGCAGCCGCCCAGGCUCACGGAAGGGAUCCCUUCGCCCGAUGCCAUCGAGCAGCAGAAGGCGGCCUAUGCGCGAAGCUUGGAUGAGCAGCUGGCGCAGGGCAUCAAGAUGAUUGAGUCCAACAAUGAGUCCCGGAAACAGGCACUCCGCCAGGAGGCUGAAAUGAAGACCGAGCAGUACUACCUGCAGGUGGAUCAGCAGCUGAAGGCCCAGGAGAUGAGUGUCGAUCAGCAGGCGAACUACCAGCUCAUGGGACUGCAGCAAGCAGCCUUCGAGCGGCGAGCCAUCCUGGAUCAGCAGGCGGCUGCCGCGACGUUGGAAUAUGAGCAGAAGCGCGUCCAAGACGAGUUCGCUAAGACUCAGUACGAGCAUCGGAAGAAGGCUGCGCAGAAGCAGGCAGAGAUGCAGAAAGAGUUGGCCAGGCAAAAGGAGGACUUCGCCCGGCAGCAACGAGCCAUGCAGGAGGCCUAUGCUCAACAGGCCGCUGGUUUGGUGCAGGAUCGCCAGGUCGUAGGCGACCCGCAGCCGGUGACGGUCACAACGGGCACCGCCAUGGCGGCGCCCUACGUGGCAAGCUCGCCCUACGUGGCGAGCUCGCCCUACAAGACCAUCCCAGGAUGCUUUGUGAUGGCUGCGGAGCCAUCACAGAUUUGCAACGGACCCCUAACAGACCAAAAGGACGACAUUGCAAAAGCAGUCUAGGCAUGAGUUUGAUGAGUCUCCCUCUAGGUGUGUUUGAGGAUCAGGAAAAGUGUUGCAAAUUCAAAUUCAAGGUGUAGUCGUAGUAUAUUUGUUCUCUCCAGGACGAUGAUGAGGAUAACCACGCAGCUGAUCGGAUUUGUUUGAGGUACCCUCUCACUUAGGAAUCAAGUUCUGCGAAUGGCCGGGAUUGGCGUCCUCCCCACUGAUGCGCCCAUUCCGAAUUCCAUGAGGCCCAAUGCAAGGCAUCCAAACUGUUGUGAGAGUUUGUUCAUACCUUGAACAAUUUGAACAUGUUGAACAUCAAUUAGCUCCUUGGCCCAGGAGCUUACUACAAGCUGCCUGCCUGAAAAAUGCGGUAAUUAGCCAAUGAGACAUCACUGACAUUAUCUCGCCCUCGCA